GAAGAGGUAAAGAUAUUACCUAUAACAUAAUAUAUACAUUUAGGCAUUCUUUUUCUUAUAAAUAGUAUAGUUUAAUUGAUAUAUACAAAAAAUAUAACAAUAAUAAUUUAUACUUUUUUGUGUGCACAAUUUAUCCUUACAGAUAAUAAUAUUAAUUUGAAACGAUAUUUUGAAAUUUAUAAAAAGAAUAAAAGUCACAUAAGUUCUAUGAAACUCAAAUCAUUUCAGAAGACUGAUUGAAUACUCACUUUGUAAUUAAAAAAAGAAAAGAAUACACAACUCUGUAAUGUUUGGACUAGAGACCAACAAUAAAGUCCACCAUAUCCUUGUAUCAAAAAUAUUAAAUCAAACAUCUCUCCUCAGAUCUCUAUGUCAAAAGUUCAAGGAGAAUUCAUAUGUCCACCACCCUUUUCAUAAUUAAUAACCCAAAGAUAACACAAUAACCAGUGAAACUCAAAGAAAAGUUGUAUGAACAAGGUAUCACUUUUUCAUCGUGAACAAGGUAUCACAUAAAAGCUUGAUUUGGUAUGAAUAAAAAGGAGAAAGAAAACAUAAAAAAAGACUGAAGAGUUCACGUUCAAAACAUGCAGUCUUAUUUAAAUUUAUUUUCACAUACAGUAAAAUCUCUAUGCAUUAAUAUAUUUGAACUUUAAACGUUUAUCAUUAUAUAUAUUAUAAUCAAUCAACAAAUAAUAUUUAUUAAUAUAUAGAAAACUGUUUAAUCUAUACAUUAAUUUUAAAUGAUAUUAUUAAAAUAAAAUGGUGGAUCUACUAACAAAAUGAAUUACAAAAAUUUGAAAUUAUAAUUAACAAUCUGACAUAUCAUAACAGAAUAGAUGAUGAUAUUCUAUUUGCCUAUAAUAUAAAAGUGAUGUAUGUUCAUAAAAUCAAAAUUAAUAAAAAUAAUGAUCAUUAUUAUUAAUUUUGGUGAUCUAUGAUUUAUUUAAAAGCAAUUAUGCAUAAAAGUUAGUUAUUGCAUUUAAAAUUGUUGAAAAUUUGGAUAUAAAUUGAAAGAUAAAAGUUUUUUUAUGCAAUAAGUAACACAAAAUUAUAAAUUUUCAGUAAUAAGAUUUCAGCUUUAAAUAGAAACAAACAACAUUAUAUUCUUAUUUUAGUAUAUUCUAUGUCAGUUAUAUAAGAAUAAGUUUAUAUAAUUACGAUUUAUAAUUUUUUUUAAAAAGCAUAUAUUCAUAUAGGAGGUUCUGAAAUAAUUAUUUUAUACUGUAAAUUAUUUUACAUUAGUUCAACUCAUGACCAGCAUAAUUUAUAUUUUAUACUUUAUUUAGUGAAUAUUAAUUUAUAGAAGCUUUACUUUGUAACCAAUCCAUAUAUAUAUAUACACAUACAUAGCCAUCAACCUUUUUGCACUUAAACCUUUGUUAGCUAAAACAAAACCAAACAAAAAAAAAACAUGGAUUACGUUUUGGUUUUGUUGCCACUCGUAUUGUUUCUAUUAGCUUACAAAUUCUUAUUCUCAACCAAAACCAAGCGUUACAAUCUCCCACCAGGACCAACUCCCUUUCCCAUCGUCGGCAAUCUCCACCUCGUGAAACCGCCGGUCCACCGUCUCUUUCGCAACUUUGCGGCAAAAUAUGGCGAAAUCUUCUCCCUACGUUAUGGCUCUCGCCAAGUCGUCGUGAUAUCUUCUUUGCCUCUCGUCAGAGAAUGCUUCAUGGGUCAGAACGACGUCAUUUUAACAAACCGGCCGCAUUUUCUGACCGCCAAAUACGUCGCCUACGACUAUACCACGAUCGGGACCGCCGCUUACGGCGACCAUUGGCGUAAUCUCCGCCGUAUUUGCUCUCUUGAGAUCCUUUCCUCUCACCGUCUCACCGGACUCCUCUCCGUUCGUAGAGACGAGAUCCAACGGUUGCUCACGAGACUCUCGCGUGACUACAAUGGCCAUGUCGUUGAGCUUGAGCCUCUUCUUGCAGAUUUAACUUUCAAUAAUAUUGUCCGUAUGGUCACAGGAAGACGUUACUACGGAGACCAGGUUCACAACGAGGAAGAGGCGAAUCUAUUCAAGAAACUAGUGACAGAGAUCAACGACAAUAGUGGUGCGAGCCAUCCAGGAGAUUAUCUACCGAUUCUCAAAGUUUUUGGCCACGGCUACGAGAAGAAAGUGAAAGCACUUGGCGAAGCCAUGGACACUUUCUUGCAGCGGCUACUUGAUGAUUGCCGAAGAGAUGGGGAAAGCAACACAAUGCUUAGUCAUUUGUUGUCUUUACAACUAGACCAACCCAUGUACUACAGUGACGUCAUCAUCAAAGGCCUCAUGCUCAGUAUGAUGCUUGCGGGGACGGAUACUGCAGCCGUGACGCUAGAAUGGGCCAUGGCGAAUUUGUUAAACAACCCUGAAGUGUUGAAGAAGGCAAAGUCCGAGAUAGACGUUAAGAUCGGACAAGAACGUUUGGUCGACGAGCCGGACAUUGUGAAUCUCCCUUAUCUCCAAAACAUAGUCUCCGAGACUUUUAGGCUGUGUCCUGCCGCACCACUCCUUGUCCCGCGUUCUCCUUCUGAAGAUCUCAAAAUUGGUGGAUACGACGUGCCACGUGGCGCUAUCGUACUAGUGAACUCUUGGGCCAUACAUAGAGACCCGAAGCUUUGGGAUGAGCCCGAGAAGUUCAUGCCCGAGCGGUUCGAAGAAAAAGAAGCAGCGAACACGAAUAAGCUGAUGAUGUUUGGGAACGGACGAAGGACGUGUCCGGGUGCGGCUUUGGGACAAAGGAUGGUAUCGUUGGCUUUAGGAUCAUUGAUUCAAUGCUUUGACUGGGAAAAAGUCAAUGGUGAGAAGAUUGAUAUGACCGAGAAUCCUGGAAUGGCUAUGCGUAAGCUCGUGCCGUUACGAGCCGUUUGUUAUCAGCGUCCCAUUAUGGCUAGUCUCUUUGCUUAAAGUUACACUAUAUUAAGUUACUUGGUUCAUGCACCUUUUAAAAGUAAGCGCUUCAAGUGUCAUUUUCGGGUUUCUUUUUAAUAAGUUUGGUAUGAUUGUUUUAAGGAUUAAAUAAUACUUAGAAAAUGUAAGAUUCGAUGGAUGUUAUGAUGUUAAUACUAAGAUUCGAUUGACGAUAAGACGAUAGUUUGUUGAUACUGUGCAUUGGAUACUACCAAUAAAAUAAAGAGUUGUUGGCUGCCAA